AUGCGAGGUGGUGCUGGAAGCAAACACAGCAGCUAUGACAGUGUAGCGGACGAGAAAGAGGAAUUAUACAAGAAAGCUCGUCCGCCGGCAAACAAGAAAAAGCGCAGAUGGAUCAUUGGAGGCAUUGCACUGGUUGUCAUUAUUGUGGUAAUCGUGGUUGCAGUAGUCGUGGCCAAGAAGAACUCAGCCUCUUUGGAUGGUUCGGGCUCGAACCUCGAUGAUGUGUCUGAGAACGAUAUACCAGCUGCGGCACGCGGUACCUAUCUUGAUCCAUUCACCUGGUACGAUACAACUGAUCUCAACGUGACGUACACGAACGCGACAGUUGGCGACCUUCCAGUGAUGGGACUUUUUACCAGUUGGGAUGACUCUGCGCAGGCCAACGACAAAGUGCCAGCACUCGAAAAAUCCUGGGGUAACUACUCAUCAACACCAGCUAGAGGCGUCAACCUUGGCGGUUGGUUGAGCUUAGAGCCCUUCAUCACCCCUUCGUUGUUCAACUACGACAGCAAGCUUGGCAUCAUAGAUGAAUGGACGCUGUGCAAUCAUCUGGGCGUGAAAACAGCCGCCAGUACUAUUGAAAAGCACUAUGCUACAUUUGUGACGGAACAGACCUUCAUCGAGAUUGCAGAUGCUGGACUGGAUCACGUGCGCAUUCCCUACUCAUAUUGGGCUGUCGAGACAUAUGAUGACGACCCAUACGUUUUCCGAACCUCAUGGCGGUAUCUCUUGCGUGGCAUUGAGUGGGCACGCAAGCAUGGGCUCCGUGUUAACCUGGACCUGCAUGCCUUGCCAGGCUCUCAGAAUGGGUGGAACCACAGCGGUCGGCAGGGUGUGAUCGGAUGGCUGAACGGCACGAACGGAGACACCAACCGGCAAAGAAGUCUCGACGUGCACGACCGUUUGUCCAAGUUCUUUGCUCAAGACCGGUACAAGAAUGUUGUCACAUUCUACGGCCUUGCCAAUGAACCGCGUAUGGUCAACCUUGAUGCUACUGCUGUUGUCCAGUGGACUACGGACGCGUAUAACCUUGUACGGGGCAAUGGCCUUACGACAAAUCUGGUCUUCGGUGACGGUUUUAUGGGGUUGCAGAACUGGCAGGGUAAACUGACAAACAUGGAUGGUCUUGUACUGGACGUACACCAAUACGUCAUUUUCAACAAUGACCAAAUCGUCUAUCCUCACCAAGAGAAAGUUACUUAUGCUUGCUCCGGUUGGACAGAACAGACAAAGCAGAGUCUUGACACUUCGACCGGAUACGGGCCCACCAUGUUCGCCGAGUGGUCGCAGGCUGAUACCGACUGUGGCAAAUAUGUGACCAACGUCGGCUGGGGUAACCGCUGGGAGGGUACCUACGACUCUGGCAAUGCCUCGACGGAGGCGCUGACACCCAAGUGUCCGGCAAAAAACUCAAGCUGCAGUUGCACCAUGGCGGACGCUGAUGUUGGCACAUACUCGGAUGAGUACAAGAAGUUCCUGCUCAUGUUCGCUCAAGCCCAGAUGACGAGCUUCGAGUACGGAUGGGGCUGGUGGUAUUGGACCUGGGACACGGAGUCCGCACCGCUCUGGAGCUACAAGCAGGGCCUUGCCGCGGGGAUCUUGCCUGCGAAGGCCUACGACAAGAGUUAUAGUUGUGACAGUGAUGCGCCGGACUUUGCGAGCGCGGGCUUGAGCGAGUAUUAUUGA